UUAACAUGCUGUAACUUCAUGUGAAACUUUAAUGUAUUUCUGUGUUAUGUAUUAAUUCAAAUGAAAAUCGUGAUACCGGUAAAUGAAUAUCAAGAUAUUUUUAUAUAAUCGUUUUUAUUAGGUGAUACAAAUCUUAAUUGUGGAUAAGGUGAUUAUAUUUAGUUAGUUGAAGUUUACUUUAUUUGUAUUCUGUUAAAGUGGAGUAGCUGAUUAGUUUCAUCAAAAAAUUUGGUAUUAACUAGUUACUUGAUUUAUCUUAUUCGAGGACAAAUGAAAUAUUCAAAAUUUGUGUACGAAAAUCGUUUCAAAUUAUUUAAAACUUUUGCUAUUUACUUGACCUACUUUACGAUAGGAUGUUCAACGGGUCUUCUUGGUUCAGGACUAUUGGACCUACAGAUCCUUUCGUCAACUGAUUUUACCAAAAUUUCAUUACUUGUGACACUUCGAAGUGUAGGCCAUGUUUUGGGGACAGUAAUUGCUGGUCUCAUUGGCUCUUAUUUCAAUGAAUCUCUCGUUUUAUCAAUCACCAGUUUUGCUGCAGGGCUUUUCAGUGGAUUGGCACCACUUUUGGUCAAGUUUGAAUUAGUUGGGUCCUGUAUUUUCAUCGCUGGACUUAAUUAUGGAAUAGCUGAUGUAUUGAGUAACACUUUAUUGACACGAACAUGGAAGGAAAAAUGUACCAACUUUUUACAAGCACUUCAAAUGUGCGGUGGAAUGGGCUCAUUGAUCGCACCCGUUAUUGCGCGACCUUUCCUGUUACCAUCGCAAGAGAGUAUUGAAAGUUCAAAUACCAUCGCAAAUGGGUCAUCAAUUAUUCCAGACCCAAUAACAACUCCAAUUCUGUACACUCCUGAUGAUGUUAUGAUACAUAUUGCGUUCUUAAUUCUUGGAUUUAUUGGACUAAUCUCGUCGAUUCCAUAUUUUAUCAUUUACUUUACUGAAAAAAAAAUUGUUCGUGCGUCAGUUCCUUCGGUGCAAAGUAAACCCGCAGGUCAACAUAUCGAACACGAUGAAAAUAAAUGGAAACUUUUUAUUGCAAUUACUUUAGUAACGAUCAUUGGCCAUGCAGUUUAUGGGUUUGAGCUUGUUAUUGGUUCAUUGGCCACUUCGUUUUCGGUGAAAUCCGAUCUUCACAUGGAUAAAAAGUCGGGUGUCUUAUUAGCGACCGUUUUCUGGUCAUGUUUCUCAUUUUAUCGACUUAUUUAUAUCCCAUUAACUUUCAUAUUCUCAGAAUCUAAACUCUUGUUAUCGAGUUUAAUCAUUUCAACGGUUGGCCUUUUAAUUACCGUUCCUUGGGCUAAUAACAGCGAAACUUGUAUCUGGGUUGGAUUCACGCUAAUUGGACUUGGAAUCUCACCGGUAUUUGCCGCUUCUUAUGGUCUUCUGAAUAAGUACAUGAGAAUCACUUCAAGAGUAACUUCGAUCAUCUUUUCAAUCGGCAUUAUCGGUGAAUCGUUUCAUCCUGCAAUAGUCGCAUCGCUAAUGUCUCACAAUAUGAUCAUCUUUUUAUACUAUUUAGGUGUUUUAGGAAUAAUUUAUAUUCUAUCAUUCGCUACUUUAAUCGUGUAUUGCAAGAAAGCGUUCAAAGGUCCAAUUAAUCAUCAUCCACCAAUCGGCGAGAAAUUGUCACUUAGCAUUUCGCAUUUUUGAAGAGUCGAAAAUAUUUUUUGGUUAGAUUUCAUGUUCGAUUUUUCAUUUUAAAUAAAAUUCUUUUUAUAGUUUUAUCAUUUG